AUGUGGUAUAAAAACUUUUCAAAGCAAAGUUGGAAUCUUCGUGUUUGGAGAAAGGCUAAUAUAUUAUUCAACCAAGACGACAUUGGUAUGUUCAAGACAAAGGGUGUUUUGAGAUGGAAGGAUACUGUAUUCAGAAUGGCCAGAAGUGAAGCAUGUUUAAGAGGAUUCAACUUCUUCUUCUUUGCUGGAAUGAUCGGGUCAUUCAUUUGGGUUAAAUCAAACUAUUAUGAUCCAAAAUAUGUAGCACCUAAAAAGGUCGAGAGCGAGAAGGAAUUAGAGAGAUUGGAUGCAGAAGCUGAUAAAAUAUUAUUUAAGAAUAGAUUGGAGGCAUAUUCAAGACCCCAUAGAAGUUUGGAAGACUUGAUUGCCUUCUUGUCUGGUUCAAAGACCUUCGAUCAAUUUGCUGACUUUAUCAGUUAUGAGGAAGCAAUGAAUAACAGUAUGGAUCAAUAAAAUGGUUUGGAUUCAUGGAUGGAUGACUAAGACUAAAGAAUGCUUAAAUAUUAUCAAAGAAGUAUUGGACGCACUCCAAAGUUUUGA